UUGUCGGUGGCGACUCUUAUUCUGUUGGUGCAGCUGGUGGAUGGAUACUGGGUGGAGGCUUGCUAGAGUUUGAGGUUGUUACCCCAGACUGCGAACUGCGCGGGGUCAACACUUACGAGAACAAGGAUCUGUUUUGGUCCUUGAGAGGUGGUGGCCCUGGAUUUGGACUCACCAGCGAUCCCCUCCAUCGUCCCUUUCAACAUGAACAUAAAAUAUACCCCAUCAUCCUACCGAGGCCUUUGAAAGCGUAUCUUUUGCUAAAACCAAUGUUCAGUGCCCGAAGCUUUUCGGGGCAUGUCCUUCCACCACACCGGACCCCGUCAACAAACUCAACUAUAUUCGCAACAAAUCUAUUGGCAUCCAAUUCUGCGGGUAUCAAUAGGGUUAACUUGAAUCUCCAACCCAUCAUGGUCCUGUCGACAAAUUUGAUGAAGGUGCCGGAAAUAAUGUCAUUAUGGGAAGUAGAUUGGCACCAAUCAGUUUGUUUGAGGAAGGAAAAAGUUGAUCCGUUGGUCGACCUCCUUGCCCAAGGUCAAUUGACCCCAAUCGGCGGAGGCAAAGUUAACAAUAGCGUAGCGGAUGCAACGGCGGUCCAACCUUCCUCGCAAAAUUCCACACACCAUAUUGUGCUCGGUACUGGGUGGCUGACCGAUACCCCAGUCUCAACCAGGCAACUCAUCAAAAUGGGCUCGACCGAAGGAACGGAAGCUGGCUGCUGA